AUGGUUUUUUUAUUUUUAUUUUUUUUUUACAUUCAAGGGGCGGUCUUUCAAGCUGGGAAGGUAAAUAUUACCGACACUUCCCAAAACAACCAUGGCUGCCAAGCCGUUUCUUUCGAAACUCAAUUCCGGGGUUCGGGAGAUGUAAAGGUGUUCGCGACGCUCAGUCACGGAAACAAAUAUGUUAAAAUCCACGACCCAGCGUCUCUUUGGGUGAAGUCGGUGUCAACAACAGGUUUUGAAGCCUGCGUGCGCGAAGCAGGAAGUGGCUCUGGUGGAACAUCUGUGAUCAACUGGCUUGCAUUUCAAGGUUCGCAUCAAGGCAUACACUCAGGGAUCGUGGAAUUCAAUGAAUUCACGUCACGAACACAGUGCAAGAAGAUAUCGCUAAGCAUUCAGAAACAGGUAACUUCGCAACGUCAUCCAAUUCAUUCAUUUAGUCUUCCAUGUUAGUUUUAAAGUCAAUACUCACGAAAAACUCAUAACUCAACUUCGACAAAAAUAACGAAAACGCGCGUGACUUCACAUCAGUAAAAUUAUAAAAAAAGGCCUUGUUUUGUAAAUUGUUUAAAUACUAUGCCUGCAAAAAUCACCAAAAAAUAUAAUGGUUAUAGUGCUCCAUGAUGAAAGUUGUUUGAUAUCUUCUUUAUGGCUCUGCAGGAACAUUUAAUGCAUGGAUAAAUGGACACAGUGAUUACUUCAGCACAGAAUUGCGAAGUGGCCUAAAGCAGCAAUAUCAUCGUGGCAUAUCCCCUUUAACAAGAAAAGGGCUUAGCACUAUAUGAAUCGUCCGUUUUUUUUCCUAUGUUUUGUUUGCUGUUCAAGAAUCUCCUCCUAAUACUCUGGCAAAUCGACGCAUGCAAAACCGAGUAACUCUUCAAAGCCGAAAUGAAGUCGAUACUUGAUUAUUUUCGGAAUCAACAAUUGUUGUGAAGCUAUAAUGGCCAUGAGCCUGUCAUAACGUCAGUCCAUAACGUUAAGCGCUGUUAAUCCGGUCCUCUUCGGGGCAGAGGACGAUAAUCAUAUUUAAGGUCAGUAUGUACAUGUACUUAUUGGGUGAUUUUUUCUCUUCUUUUAGAUAAAACCUCAAGUAUUUGUAACCGUUCAACAUAAACAUUCUAACCGUCCUUUUGAUUCCAUGAACAUCUGGCUAGAAGAGGUCGAAGCAGACGGCUUUGUUGUUUGCUUGAGAGAGUUUAUGAGUUUCGACGGUAUCCAUACCGGACUUAAAGUGGUGAGUUUUAAAAAAUUAGCCCAGUCUUCGACUAUUACGUUUUUCUUCGUCCUUACCUGUUAUCAAUUAAAUUUAAAAUUAAGUCUGAUUGUAUGGAAGCUAAUAAAAACCUGGUGGUUAGUUUGACGUCCCCUUAUAAAUUACGUAAAAAUUAUAUUAGAAGAAUUAUUGUUUUACCUAACCCAUAAAUGUUUUAAAACCGUAAAACUCUGAAUUUGCUUUGCAAAGACAGCCUGACGAAAGGGGUGGAGGGGUGGACUGGAAGUGAAAAAGGGGGGAGGGGGGCGCUGAUCAGGGAGCGGGGUUCUUUCAAAGAGCGGCUUUUCAGCCUUAACAAAAUAUCGCCCCUGCUGCGCAUGUGCAGCAGGCGUUUUGAAAAGAAAGAAAGUUUUCUUGAAGUCGCGCAUAUAAACUAUCCUCGUCAUUUCCCUAAUACAUUCUGAGAUGAAUCUUUAGGGUUCACUUUAGGGCUCACUUCAGCCCGGUGACGUUGGCUUUGAGGCCUCCUAACACUUUAAUGUUGAAUAAACUUAAAACCGUUCAAGCUAGGACCAUCAAACUUGGCGACUCUUGCUGAAUAUCUCUAGAUUUACUUCUAAUGAAUUAUUAUAUCACACUUAAUUUACCAUUAUUUACGUAGCUGUUAAUAUGAUCUAGGCUUUUUAGUGACUAGUUUGGAAACAUUAAUUGAAUUUAAAAUGGCCAACUAGCAGGAAUAAAUGGAAUUAAUUUAAAUAAUUCAAAAUGGCAGAUCCAAAAAGGCAUAUGGUCUCAAUAAGAAAUGACGUCAUCAUGUUGUCACUUCCAUUGUUAAAGAUGAUCAAAUUGUCAACCAUCGUCAUGAUUUUUAAGUAAUUUAAUUGUUUUUGUUUAAUGGCUACAGGAACAAUUGAUAAGCUAUGGGUUCAGACAAUAAAUGCAACAAGGCGACAUUAGUUACGUCAAAUUACGUUAUUGUGUCAAUCACAUUACUCCUACUUGUUGGAAUGAUGAUUACACUAUUUUGUGUAAAUUUAGUGGCUGUAUUUAUGAGUGGUUUAAUGCUGUGACUGUUACUUGCGUCCACCUUUUCAGAACUGGCUUGCUUAUGAUUUGCUGUCUGAGGCUUGGAAUUUUACUGAGCAAGGAAGGCUUCAUUUUUCUGGACUUGGUGCACCAAAGAAAGAGAGAAAUUAUGCCUUUUGUCAGGUUGGAAAUAUGACGUUUAUUAAUGAUACAUUCAAUUUUUUAUUGACUUAACCCUCGGACGUACAAGGGGGGAUGGAUACCACCCACCCAUAUGGUUUUUCUGAGUUUUUUCCUAGAGGAUAAAGUGUCAGUACCAGACGUUUUCAGUUCGUUAAUCCCUCGCGCACAUUUUGAGACAAGUUUAGUGAUGGUCAGUUGCUAUGGUUACGAUAUAUGACGUCAGAAGUAGCGGAUGGUCAGGCCACUUUUGUGUGAAAAUACAUGUUUUUUCAACUUCUUUCAACAAUAAAAGUAAAUAUUGUGGCUAAAAAUCAUACAAAGUGCUUGUUUGUGUGUUAUUUGUCAUUUAAAGCACAAAAAAUUACCAUUUCUCGCGGUUUUAACCAGAUUUCUAAUUCUUGGUAAACUCCAAGAUGGCGACCAUUGUUGGUGACGUCACAGGCCUCCAGCAGCGCCACCAGCCCUUAAAUAUACCUCAUCUUGUUAAGAAGAUCAAAGGCUUUCCACUAAAGAUAAAAUGGUUUCAAAAUACUGCAACAUAUCAAAAACUUCGCGGAGGAGUUCCAUCCACCCCCCUUGUACCCCCCCUCCCCUUGUACCUGAAUUUGCAUGUACGUCCGAGGGUUAACUUACAAACUCAAGCCUUUAAACCAACGUGGUUAACAAUCAACGUUUGUGUUGUGUAUUUCUCAUUUCUCUGACGGACACUGUGGCAUCGGCGUAUUGUGCAUUUUUGAAAUAAGAGUUUAAGUCCAACAAGAGAUAAGACCUUCUUGAUCAUCAAUGCGUUGUUCACAAGAGUUGUGUUUUAGAUUUGUUGACUGCAACUUGUUCAGGAGGUGCAUCCACUAUUAGAUAUAUUUUAUAGACCUAGAGUUUGCCUAAUCAUUUUCUUAAUGAACUGGCGCAAUAUCACUUUCUUCAAAAGGAUCAAAGAGACAAUAUUUGUUUAAACAGUCAGGGAAAAUUAUUGUGUUUGGUAAAUCAUGAUUUAUAGGAUUAUAAGUUUGAGAAUCCAUUCUACGAGCAGCCCAAUAUUCUGGCAUCUGUCGGCCAUGAAAAUGUCACCAGGGAACUGUCAAUGAAGGCAGAUGGUCGCUAUAGCAACGCUUUGACUGUCUGGAUUGAGGUGAGUAGCUUUGAAGACACAUAAUAAAUUGAAAUUGUUUCAAAGAUUUGCUGAUUAAAAUAGCUACCUUCGCUAAAGAGUAAAGCACUUAUAACUAAAGAAGAAGUUCGAAGUGGCACUUAACUCUUGACGGCAAAUUCAAGCAAUAACUUGAGCCAUCAAGCUGAUUGUCACUUCCCGUACUCAUUUUCACCUGAUGAUACUUCUUAACGGAGGCUCUGUGGGUUCAUGGUUUAAAAACGGUCACAUCUGUAGAUUGUAAUUGGUUGAUUACGAUCCAUUCUUUUCUAUUAUUAUUUAUUUCCGUGGUGAUUAUGACUGAAAACUAACCUUCUCGGAAUGUAGUGUUCUUUUCAUGUAAUCUGGUUGGUCAACUUUGUCUAGAUGGCCUUGGUUAUAGUAGUCGCACUGUAACAGACAGCAGCGUCCACUAUAUAACCGUGAGAACUGUACGUUUGUUUAAACGAUUCAAAGUUGCUCUUGUCCUUAUUGCCCUAACUGGACGCCCCUCUCUGAAAGCUAACAAGUCAAUACAAACUUUUUAUUUAUCGGUAUAUUUGAUGUUAUUUUCCAGGAGAUCACUCGUUUGUCUUUCAAAGUGUGCAUCAAAGACAGUCAGGGAAUGAGCAAGUCCCACGAUCCAGUUACAGUGGACUAUGCAAUAGUGGGAGGUACAUUACUCUUAUAUUUGCUUAUUCUUUAAUUUCAAAGAUUUGUCUCUCAUACUGGUUCGUCCUACUAUCAAGGCAUUUGGACGUUGGGUCAAACGUCAAAUUGAAGAAAUAAAUUGGAAUAAGAAUAAAGUCAGGCAAUUGUCACUGUAAAAAAAUAUGAUCAAAUGUCGAAGAAAGAAGUUAUAAAAAAUGGCGUUUAAGUAUUAAGAACAACUUCGUAUUGAUCGUCUUAUUACCUGGGUGAAUAACUGCAGCUGUGUACCUCUUUUCCAAGCGUUUUUGGAGAAAAAGUGACUCCCCCUUUCCUAUCCUUUUUUGCCAUACAUUUUCCCUACAGGAAAAACAAAACAAAAUUUUAAAAAAAAUCAAAAAGCAGUCGUGCUCUCAAAGGAUGUAGGACGUCAGGUCAAUUUGCUAUUCAUACAAGGGCUGAUUUUGUUGUUGUUUUUUCGCCCUAAAGAUAUAGACCCGUGCACAAACGUUACUUGCGAUUACCAUGCCAUCUGCAAAGCUUUCUCUGCAUUUGAUGCCCGUUGUGUUUGUGAUGACAACUGCCCGCCGCACGAGGAGCCAGUGUGUUCAUCCAACUCGACAACAUUUAAGAACAAGUGCUUUUAUCUGCUGGACAUUUGCAGGCGCAAGAGUAACCACACUCUCUAUCAUCCCGGCAGUUGUACAGGUAAGAUAGCGUUUUCUAACACUUUUUAAAACCAGCUUAACCAGCGUACGCAGAGCUCUAGUGUUAUGAGAUAUGUUGCUGCUGAUGACUUACGACAUCACUCAAUUUGGCGGCCAUCUUGUAAUUUACUGAGAAUGCCGUUUUAAGCACGUGGCAUUUUCCAUGCUCUAGGUCUAAAGUUCAUGAUUAAACAUUAUUUUGCUUAUUUUGGUACUGUUUUGAACGCUAUUAAGUACCAAUCAUAUAGUGCCACUAUAUGAUUGUGUGAUUUUACAAUCAGCUUUUAAUUUAAUUUCUCCCAUACUGAAAGGGUUUGCAGGAUGCAUCUUUUUUUGUCUUUAUGUUAACUUUUUGCUAUUGUUUGUUUCUUUGUUUGUUUGUUUGAUAUUUUUUUCCGCUUUCAGCUCUAAUUAGCAUUGUUUUUCUUCUAUGUUAUAUCUUCUUGAUGUUGUUGUUCCUCGACAGGUUUUCCUGUUCAGACUGGGCGAGUUUCACUGAGGAGACAUGUACAGUGGGCAGAGACAGCCUGUGAAGUAGUGAAAUUUCCACCGUUCUCAUUCUAUCCAGACAAAGAAGUGCACGUACAGAUAACGACCAAUCACUGGAACAUAAGCAAGAAAAAUUUUGUACAUGAUGCCACUGUGUCCUGGGUGGAAACUGUUAACUUCGAGAAUUUUGAGGUGAAUAUUAGUAAUAAAUAGUAAUUAGUGACCCUCGUUACUUUCGUUAUUUUCACAACGAGUUAAUAUAGGAGAUUUCGCGUUUCGUGCGCGCAGAGGAGCACUAUGGGUAAGAAAAUUUAAUAAGUAUUCAUCCAGGAAAUUUUGGUUCUAACAAAAUCGUGCGUACCUACGUACGUCCGCUCCAUUAUGUUAACGGAUGUGAAAUGUCUUACUUAUUAGCUUUAAGUCCAAAACAUAUACAAAUUGUGUUUAACCAAGAGAGGAUAAAGGGGACAAAGAAGGCAUCCCCUAUAAACACUCUGUUCCGUCGGGAUAAAGUUACCUCGCGCGCUGCGUGGAUGUUGGCGUGGAUGUGGCCGUGCAAAACAUGUCGGGCGAAAGGCAAUGAAAGCGUAAAGAGAUCGAGAGCAUUUCUGAAUAUUGAAGCGAAAUGAAUCGGCGCUCACCUGGGAAAAGGGAAUCGCUAGACUCUUUGACAACCCGUGAAAUCAGUUUAACUCGAAGUUGUCGUAACCUGAGUGCUUUAAUAAAAUGAGAAAUUUUCGCCGGUCUAUUGAAACCGGUCGUUUGUAUAAUAAAGCAAGUAGGACGCCAAGUGUUAUUUUUGUUGAAUAAUAAAAGACUAAUAAAAGAAUAAAUAUCAAACCAGAAAUUGCUCUUCUCAAACUGCAAAUUAUAGAUGAUCCUGAGAGAAUAUUCAGUGUGUUAAGGAUUUCCCUGCUGUACUGUUAGCUCUAUACAAGAGAGGAAGGGCGAUUCUUUUUUAAUGUCUGUUUCGCUGACACAGCUUUAGCAGAAAUCUCUCUUAAGGUGAUUCCCUAGUAAAAGAACCUAACAUAGAUUGUAGAUGAAACUUGAUACACUGAUGUAACAAGUCAAGAAGAUGAUAAAAAGGUAAUAAAAAGUGGCGGUCACCUUGCUCGUUUUGACGUCACAAUGCUGACAAAUACGGCUAUUUUGGACCCUUUGACAAAAACCGCGCGCAGCCCAAAACUAGACAAAAAGGAAAGAUUUUUCAAUGAUGCAUGUGUUAUCGCACAGAAUUUGACUUUAUUGUAUUGUUUAUCCACUUACGUACUAGAAAAAUGCCUUUUAAUGCCCUUGUUUUUACUUUACACUCCAAAGUAGAAUUAAAUUGGACACGCGCUAUUCGACACGUGAUAGCUCAAUCCGUACAAUUUAGUAAAAUUGCCAAAAAACUGAACAUAGAUUUGUGCCAAUUUUUUUCUCACCAAAAGGAAGCACUGUCCUUAUUAAAAUCAUGAAAUAAAAAAUGGGGGUCACCGUACUCGUUUUUGCGGUAGAGCUGCAGAAAGUGCGCACCAAAUGCAUUUUCCUUGAUUUUUGAGAGAGGACUGGGGCGAGUUUCAAAAUAGAAUGUAUGCGAAAGGGGGAAGAAAGUAUUAAAAAAUCCGUUUUUACAGAAUUUACAUCGAGAUAUCACAUUUAGGACACAAUGUGAUAAAGAAAGCGUUUAAAUGAAAAUCAAAGUGAGUAAGCACAAAUUAAACAUCCACUAUCGAGGUUCUCCGUGAGGAAGUCGAACUCAGCAACACGCGUACUGCUCACGUUAUGCACAUUCCCACCACAUUGAGUCUCACCUCGGCAAGAAAUAACCGCAAGCAAACAUUGCAAUAACGUUUCUCUUCGGUCAACUUCAUUUUAAUAAUGCUACUUCACAUGCUCUUUUUUACGGAGGCCAUCUUGUUAUGCGCAGUAAGAGAUGCGCAGUGCAAAACCAGGGAAUCACCUUAAGUCGUUUUCGUCAUCAAAACAAAUAGCAAUAUCGCUGUCCGCGUCUUCUGCCAUUUUUUUCUGCUUCAUUUCGUGAAGGACGCGUGGCUCUGAGCGUGGGUCAUCCACGCGGAACACAUUCGCGCUAUGUGAUUGGCUGUUGUCUAAUCCCCCUUGUGAUCUAUGGUCUUAAAAAUAAGUCGAGACGAAUUACCUAUGGAAUAGGGUGUGUAUGGGGGAUGCCUUCUCUGUCUCCUUUAUCCUCUCUUGGUUUAACUUGAUAUUGGACAUCCACGUUAUAAUCAAUUGACAGCCGUCCAAGUAGGGCAUCCGAAGACCAGUGUCACAUGACUUUACCGCUGGCUAAGCUGUGCAACUUAUUGAGGUGAGGGGGUUUUUUUUAAGUUCUCCGCUGACCAGUUAUAGAAUUCAAGAUAUCACAAUCUUAGAAAACUUUACUUCAUGAAGUAAGUUACCUCGAGAGCUUCGCUUUUGGCCUUGGCUAAAUCUAUUUAGUAUAUACUUAAACAGUGGAUAGUGUUUUUCACGCUCUCUGAUUGGCUACUCAAUCAGUGAAUAUCCAGUGCUAUUCACUGAUUCACCUCCAGUUCCUCCUAGCGAGCGACGCCAAACUCGCGAAAGCUGCGAGCAAAAUGGCUUCCCGGUUUGCUACCGUAACAAACAAAGACAUUUCUCAAAUAUUCAAAAAAACUGUUGCUGAAAUACACAAAGAAAAUGAAAAAAUUCGGUUUUGAAGUUUUAACAGGUAAAUCUUAGCUUUGUCUGUUUGACUUGAUUUUAUGGAUGAAACCUGUAAAAAAGCUUUUUUGUUCACAAAUGCAAACUAACUCUUGCGUUACUUUAUUUAGCUGAUAUGUUCACAAAUAAGCUUAAAACUAGAUAAAUAGUUUUUUUUUUUUUUUUUCACAGAAUAGUUUUAAUACAAAAAGAAUUCACAACUCCUUUUGAAGAAAUUUCCCCGGAAGAGCUAAGCAAAUGCCUUGAAGAGUUUUAUUUGUCGGCAAGAAAACGCGACGGCCGCCGGUUCGGUCAUUACGCGCCAAAAUUAUAAUAGUUGACAACAGUAAACAAGUUAAAAAUCAUCAUUUUUGUGCUGAAUUAUGCCACUGUUUGAGUAUUUACUAAAACAAUUAUUCACCUUAGUGUCGGUGGCUAGUGGUGGGUAUUUACCUCGCCUCUUCAAGGCUCGGCAAAUACCCACUAGCUUCGGUGAAUAAUUGUUAUAUAUUAUCUUACCAUAUAAAAUAAACAUUAGCAAUUACGUUUAAUAUUUAGGUGUGCGUGACUGCAGCAGGAAGAAAUGAUCGCUUUAUCAAAGAAUUUGCCACGGUGGACUGGAUGGCCUACCAAGGUGCUCCUGAUGGAGGUGUGGCGGGUAAAAUGCGCAUUCCAGAAUGGUGGACUGGAUCACAGUGCUCAAAAGUCAGCCUUCCUCAGGCAAUAACACUUUAUUGUUACCUCUCAGCUGCAUCUUGUUUCGUUGCAUAAACCAUAAAAAAUAAUGACCUUUAGUUAAAUUUUCAAUAAGAUGAACAUUUGCUAUGCUGAUGUCAUAAGUACCAAACACUCCAAUUGUUAUCCAAUCAAAGAUAUCGUACUUGGACUUAGAGACAUGAGCUGCAAAGAGUCAGCCCAGUUCUGUCCGCGAAAUUCUGACACAUAGGCCAUUUUCAAACCUUUUUCAGUUUUUACAGUAUUUCUCAGAAGGGGGAGAUAUUCUUAAAAAAAGGUCAAGGGCUAAAUUUGACAGUCGCGUUCAGACACAUGACCACGAUCCGAUGUCCUAUGAGCGUCCUGAUCAUGUGAAAUGCUAUUUAUUCCAAAUAUUACAUCCUAUUCUCCCAAUCAUCUUUGCUGUGUAUACUUAAUAAUUACCAAUUCAACUUUCUUACUGUUAUGAAUGGUUUUUUUAACAGGGAAAAUUCUCGUCUACACCAACGGUCCUGGUUACAGCAGAACAUAUAAGUGCAGACUUUAAGUAUGAUGCCGCAAGUUUGUGGGUUGAAAACGCAACCAGUUCCUCCUUUUACAUUUGUCUUCGAGAACUACAGAAUUAUGACGGUCUACAUGAAGAUAUCUUUGUGGUAUAUGUUUUCUCCUUUAUAAAUAUAUCUGUCUGGAGUUUGCUAAAUCGUGGCUAAAGAAAUUUCAAGUGCAUUUUAACAAUUUGAUAUCUAAGUCGAAUGGAAAAUGGUUUCAAAAUACUAGCUGACAACUUUGUUGCUGGCAACAGACGGUAAAUUUCUCUCUCAGAAGUAAAAGGAUUUGGGGAUAAAAUAAAGAACAUUUGAAACGUCCAGAAAUUAUAACCUUUUAGUUAGCCAAACCAUGAGGCCCAUAGCCAAGUGUCUGCCGAAAACAGAUUAAGAAGCCACAAUCUUUGAGCACAGAAUAGGCUUUCUAAGACAAAAUAACCUAAACUAAAUACUUGCGAAGCGUUUUUUUUUUUUAUGCUUGGUACCGUAAUCUGGUAACACGAGCUCAACCACAUACCUGAGUUUUGUUUGUCAACGCUUUCGGUAAAUCACACAAUAUUAAUUUCGUGGCAAUCACAAAACUUCCAAAAACCACUCAAAAUAUUUCCACAUUUAACACGGGCAAAUCAACGUCAAAUUACUCGAAAAAACUGUCGCAUUCUGCACAUAAAUCGUCGAUGGAGACUUUUCUCAACUCACACAGUCGAUUUAUUCAAGAUCCUGGAUGUAAACUAGCGGUUGAAAAGGAGGCAUGGAGCCCCCGCCUAGCAAACAAUGUUUAACGAAGACGUCUUUCGCCUGGUCAGAGAUUAGCAUCAAUUUCCAUCUCGCCGAAUAAAUUUCACCCCGAGAACCUACUUUGUGAGGCCAAAGACUUUUUGCUGCCAACAACAAAGUUCGCAAUAUCCAAUCUUUCCUUCUCAAACCCGGGAUCAGUCUUUCGUCCGAGUAGCUAAAUGAGACGAAAUACGAGAAGAAGUAGCAGACUUUGACGAUCGUGAGACUUGUUUCUUCGUAAGGCUUAAUGAUGCCCCGGGGGGUGCACUCCCGCGAAUUUUGGAUAGGGGUGUGCCGCGAAGGUUCGUGAACCCUAACCCUAUUUAAGGGCUAAGAAAACGAAAACUGAUACCCUUUUUAAGGCCGAAAGCCGAAAAAUGACAUCCUAUUCAAGGAAAAAACAAAAUUUUUAAUAGCAUGAAAAGGAAAACUUUAUUUCUGCUCUGUAACAUUGGAUGUAUAGCAUAAAGCAUAAAAUACUAGAAUAAGCCUAGUUUACAAAAAAUUGUUCGUUUAGGCGGGCGUUUUCACACUCCAGUAUUACAUAAUACAAUUAAGCUACCCUAUCUAAGGACCACACCAGGGACACAGAAGCAAAAGGGUCAAAAAAGAUACCCUAUUUAAGGGUCGAGAACCUCAAAAACCAUACCCUAUUCCGCGGCACGUACCUAUAUAGCCCAUAUGUGGGAGUACCCCCCCCCCCCGGGAAUGAUGCCUUCCGGAAAGCUUUGCUUAAGGCAACCCAAAAAGCUCUAACAAUGCCCACUAAGAGAGCGGUGUUCAGUCGAAAACGCCGGCUGAUUUCAAACUGGCAUACACAGAGAAUUAUAUAGGAAGUUAUUACAGGCGUUAUGACAUGACAGUCUAUCUAAUGCAGCGUAUUAUUCAGCCAACAAAUUCAACAAUAUGACGUUGUAAUGACGUCAAAUAAUUUGAUUGCCGUCAUUGUCAAUCAAAUUGUGCCUAGACGUUGGAAAAUAUUUUAUUCUGUGUAAUUUUGGUGGCCGUAUCACGAGAGGUUUGAAAGUUAUAGAGGGGAGCCUCCAAAGCCAACCCACCCCGGUCGCCGGGAACUAAAAAAAACAGUUCAAUGAUAAAAUACGUGAGAUGAGCUCUCGCAAGCAUUGUGGAUACAAGUUACAAAUCGUUUUAGGGCACAUAGCUCAAUUAUUUUUACACGGGAUUUAGGUAUGAGAUAGCAAUCCAUUUUUGAGUGCUACCCCUCUUUUUAGAGUUGGAUGGCCUUUGAAACAAUCCACUGGCCCCUUUUCGCUGAGAGCAAACACGUGGAUUUUCCAAACAACAAUUCCGUUUCAACGAGCUACAAUGGUGCAUUUUGCAAGGUAAGACGCAACUUUACUUUUAAGUAGAAGAAAGCUCUUUAUCUGUUUAGAUGGAACAGUAGACUUGCUACAAGUCGACUUUUUGGCGAGGUCGGGACGAAGUCGCGAGAGGACGACCUUCAUCCCGCGCCAUAUUAAAUCCGACGAAGGACUUUUUUGAAAGUCUAAUGAAACAGCAGAGAAAAGCGGCUAUCAAAUAAGUACAUUUCGGAAUUUUAAAUCAUCUUUACGGCUGUAAAACUCCAGAUUUUAUCCCAACUUAAUAAGUGGGAGUAAAAAUAGACCUUGUCACGGUUUUCGACGCCAUCUUGACGAGUAGGCAAACGCGUGAGAAAUUACAGUGAUUGUAUGAGAAUCUAAUGUCGAAUAAUUUCCGUAGAACGGCUGUUCUGAACAAAAUAUCAAUUGUAAACUAAAGCUUCACUCCUAAUUAUUCUCCUGAAAAAAUUUGAGGGCGUUAGAUGCACUAGAAGACCUAGAACCACUUUUUGAAAUUUUCUAUACAUUUGUCUGUAAGAAAGUGCCGGGAAAAUUACAGACAAAUAUAUGGAAAAUCUAAAGCAAGCCUCUAGACAAAUUCAACAUUACAUUCUCAUACAAACACUGUAAUUUCUCACGCAUUUGCCUACUCGUCAAGAUGGCGGCGAAAACCGUGAUAAGGUCUACGAAGGAAGUCGACCAUGACUGAUCUCGCAUCUAGUUGCCAUAUCAAGUCAAAUGAUCUUUCAAAAGAAAAGAGAUGAGGCCAAGAAAUGAACUUGUGUUUUGAAAGUUCAUCAAAGCCGUCGGAAAAAUAAUCUUGAACAAAGAAAUGUUUUUCUUACUCAAAAAUUACCUGUUCCUUCGAGUCAGCGCAGAUAAAUUUCAGCCACCUAUACCAUUCAUUGAUCAAUAAUGGACGCUCAUUCAAAUGCUAUAUCAACAGCCUUCUUUUUAUGUCCCUAGGACGUCCCAUUUGCAAAGAAUUACGACAAAGAACCCAUAGUAUUAAUAGCAGCCAGUCACAACUCAGAGGGCAACAAUUUGAAGCCAAUAUACAUGUCCGUGACCCCAUGGAUUGAGGUAUUCUCAAAUUAUUUAACUAAUAUACAACGCUCUUUCUCCAAAAUAAGUAAGAUCAACCUAACAACCCUGUAGGAAAUGUGCAAAUGAGCUAAAUUACACCAUGCUCUGUUAAUGCAGUCUCUUUAUCAGUCAUAGUCGCCCAGCGAAAAGUUUUAUCUAUUUGUCCAUGUGGUAUUCAAGGUCAGUUUCCCAAGUUCUUUUUUUUGUUGUUGUUUAGAUAGGAAUUCAAAAUGACUUAGUUACAGGCGUUUAAGCGAACUUCUCUAAAAGUUGAGCUAUUACUGUUUUCUUGUAAGCGAAAUAUAUGAUGCUAGAUGAUAUGCUUAUUUUACAGCACAUCAAGACCAGCGAAUUCCGCAUUUGUCUCAAGGAGUUGUUCGCUGACCAGCAUGAUCCUGUGAAUGUGUCCUAUACAGUACUAGCAGGUGUGUUAGUAAAUGAUUAAAACAAAUUUUCUUUGCAAAGACUUUCUCAUGCCCAGCAAGCUUUGGUAGAUGUCAAGUAAACUUAGAGACUCCUUGUUUCAUAUCUCCUGUAAGUAAUCACCAGUGAAUGUAUUUUCUUAGUUCCCACUUACUACAAGCAUCUGUUUCUAUUUCCAAAAACUACUCGGUCAGCUAAGGCCUACGCCAAACGUCGAAGUUUUCAUGAAACGAACCAAACUCUAAUUUGAAUUGACCUAACUUAAGUUAACUUUAUAGGACGCGUGGAAUCAAUCAACUUAAUCAGAUCAGUAAUAAAAUUAUUUUCUCCCGAACGAUUUUAUAUACAUUACCGAACAAUUUUUUUUUAAUUUAUUAGUUUAGUCCUCACAUGUGAAGAUCGACGUUUGUCCCGGAGACGAUCUUCGGACGCUCUGUCCGUCUGAACGUGUUGGACGAUCCAAACUCAUUCAGACGAACUUACUGAGCCAGGCGUCGCUAACAACGUUUCAUGAACUUAAUUCACUAAGUUUAGUUCGUCUCAUGAAAAGUUCGACGUUUGGCCUAGGCCUUUUUUUCUCUUUGUUACGCACUAUUUACUUCACACAAAAUGUUUUGUAUAUUGCAGAUGUAUGUAAACCGGGCUGGUCAUAUUUUAAUGGUAUUUGUUACUCGACAAGCCAUUCGUGCAAAAACUGGACUGAAGCUGAGAAAAUCUGCCAAGCGUACAGCGGCAACCUCACCACUGUGCGGAAUCAAGAAGAAAACGUCUAUAUUCAGCAUCGGCUGAAUGGUGCCAAGGGCUGGAUUGGGCUAAACGAUAGGUUAAUUGAGGGUACUUUCGACUGGGCAGAUAAUCAAACCAGUAACUUUUCAUAUUGGGCGAAGAACCAACCAAACAACUUCAACAAUGAAGAUUGCGUUCACACUUUAGGAGUCAGACAUAGUUUUAUGUGGAAUGAUGUAAACUGUGGUACUUGCCAUAACUACACCUGUUCAGAAGGUUUGUGGGUGACUUACCUCUUUUAUAUACCAACAGGCGUUACUAUUAUUAUUAUUAUUACUAUUAUUAUUAGUAUUUUUAUUAGUUCCUAUUCAAAAGCAAUUUCCGAUUUGCCCCAAGCCUUUUUCAAAAAGAGAUUAUAAAAAUACUUCCUCAUGAAAGGGUUUGCUCUUGACCUCAUUUUGAAAGUGUGGGUUCUCAGAAAUCGAAGAUGGUCUACUUUCACGUUUCCAGGCGUUAAGAGUUAUUUUUAUUUAUUUCAUUUGUAUUUUGUCUCUGUCUUAUUGCCAGAGAAGAUCCUAGUUGACUUUCACCAAUUUACACCUUGAUAACCAAUAGGCCGUUUGUACGAUGACGUCAUUUUACUACUACCCAGAAUCCUUCAGGGUAUUGCUUCCUUAUGAAAAUUAUGGCUUUUGUAAUUUAAACCUCACCGGGAUUAGCAAAUUUAAAUAUGAAAGAAAAAACGAAAUGAAUUCUGGUCCUAGCAGUAAAAAAAGCGUCAUCGUGCAAAUGGCCCAUUUCUCUGGCUUCUUAGCUGACAAAAAGUUUGAGUUUACUGUAAAUCUGUUUGUUGCAGAAAUAGUAUAAAUUAAAGGAUUAGUCCAGAAAGAAAAAUAGGCAGUACUCGUGCGAAAAAGGAAAUUAGACGUCUCAAAAAGGAUCCAUAAGCUAACGCUUUUAGCACUGCAUUACCCCUUCAUACACAACGGUUUUUGUGCUGAUUGACUCAUAUGAGCAACGAUUUUGAAUUGUAUUCUUUUGUUAAAAAAGUUGAUUGACAAUCGAUCGUUUCAUUAUUUGUUUUGUAGGUUGACUGACUGAACGAUUGUUUUGCAUUCGUUUUUAAAAUUAGAUUUUGAUGAAUGUGGAGGAAACAAUAACCAUUGUCAUCAGAACGCCAUCUGCACAAACACUAUUGGCUCCUAUAGCUGCCGGUGCUCCGUAGGAUAUGCCGGUGAUGGCUUUCUUUGCAGAGGUAUUAUGUUCGAAUCCCCAAGUUGUAGUUUUUCGUUUAAUUCAUGAAGCAUAGUCAUCAAAGAAACUCACCCAAUGGUAAAGAGACAUCUCUUGUGAGUUUAAGGCUAGCUUGGGGCGAACUUAUUAGGUAGAAAAAGCAUACUUUUACCGUAAAAUUGCUUGAAAAUUUAUUUUUCAAAUAACUCCUCAGAGGGGUUUAAAUACGGAGCAGCGUAUUAUAGUAGUAAAAUGAGCGUUUAAAGAUAGGCUGGCAAAAAUUAGGAGGGAGAUCUUCUGAGCAACUUUUUUUUUCCAGUUUCAGAGAUGAUAAAAUUUGGACAUUAACCUAAUCUCUAUGAACAACUCUGAGCAGUGAAGUUUAUUAACUAUCCUAAUUUUAUAUUAUAGAGGAACGCAGACCAUACUAUAGUUUUAAAUACAGCCCAAAAAGGGAUUUAAAGUUCGUACGUGGAUUUCCAAACAAUUUCAAAAUCUAAGCUCUCGUAGACUGCGUAGCUUUCUGCUCUGGUUACAACUUUUUCAACAAACCGGAGCAGGGACGCUUGUUAGAUCCCGUUACGCGGGCUUAAACUUUCGGGGAUUCAUUAUGAGAGGCUUUCUUGUAUGUUGAUGGGGCUAAUAUGCCAGAAGCUUUUUCUCAGCAACUUUUUUUCCAAUUUCAGAGAUGAUAAAAUUUGGACAUUAAUCUAGACACCGUUAUGACGACAUCAUAAUGGGAUUUUAUGGCAAGGCAUUUAAUAAUGGUUUGCAGGUUAAGGCGGCAGGUUCCAAGCCUAUCCUAUUUCCAGCCAAUCAGAAUUUAGGGCGUUCCGGACUAUAUCAUUCUUAGGGGAGCCUUUCCAUGUGCUCACCCCCUUUCGAUCGCUCACCAUCACGUUGUUCACAUCGCUGGUUUGAACCAAUUUUCAGCUUAUUAAGCACCAUGGGUAAGAAAAUUUGGUAAUCUAUGCAUCCAAGAAAUUUUGGUUCUGAGAAAAUCGUCCAUACUGGGUACGCCCGUACUUACGUCCACCCCUUCCAUGUAAGCCGGGAUGAAAUUUUGCAUUUCAAGCACCCACGCGUUUCGGCGGUAAAUGGCAUAGCUUCCCGGCCUCUUGGAGAUAAAAACAUAAAAAUUUUAUAGCGGCGGUGAGAAAAAGGGGAAAUGCUAGCUGCCACCAAUGUGAAAAUUAGCGGCAGCGAAAAAAAAGUGAACAGGAACACAUAAACAUUUCCUCCAUAAAACGUGUAACCAGGAAGUUUCUGCAAGUUUCACGUUGUAGUCGUUGCAAAACAACGGCAAAGAAAUGUACAAAAAAGCGUGCAAAGUUGUUUUUGCUAAUUAGAAACAAAAAUGUGCUUCACUUGCAGAGUCUUUUUUUGCUAAGUAAACCUACUGAUUUUUUUUGGCUGUUUUCGUUGCCUUCGCCUCUUGCCGUUACACGAUUCUAUACAUUUUGUUUAGUAAACUAUAGAUGUUAACGAGUGCCUCGCUUUUAGCCCUGGCUAAAUCUUUUUAUUAAAAACUGAAUCAUUUGAUAAUGCAAUUCUAGCGUUUUGAUUGGCUUAGCCAUUAUGGUAUAUGAGCCAUUAUACCAUGCUCUCCAUAUAUGGUCGGUGUGCGCCUCAGUUUAAAAUUGGAAGCUAGCUGAGAUUUUUUUUCCGCGAAGGAUAGAAUGGUGCCCGAAGCAAAUCGUUUUCAUUCAUUUCUUAGAAUAUUAGAAAAUGCAAUUUCAUCGGGAGAAUAACAAAGAAACAAAAAAGCUACAAGAGCUUGUUUGAAAGUUUAACGAAAACACAUGAAACUUCAUGGAACUAAAGUACCUUGACCAGCUACGAAAGAAGACAAGUGUUGUUUCUUCACUCGCCGAUAGAUAACUGCGUCUUGUUUAUCCGACAUGAAGAAUAUAAAUCACAAGCAACCAGAAUACAGGCUAUGCAGCCAUUCACUACAGCAAUCGAGCGUCAGUAUAGCUUCUUUUUCUCGUUCAGCAAAACCAGCUGGUGGCUUCAAACAACUUCAUAACAAGUGACCGAGGUAAUAGUUUUUCUCCGUUGUUCUUACUUUUGUAACUGCACCGAAAAUCCAAAUUCACAGUAAUUUCGACGGCUGUUACUUAAAAAUUCUUUUUUUCUCAUUAUCUGCCAGGUUUUUUUAGCUGUCCUGCUGUUGAAAUUCCUAAAAUUUCGAUGAGUUUUUAAAAGUGUUCAUCGCCACAAUGUUUUGAUUUUUCAUUCAUCCAGUCCAGGCGAGUCCGUUCGCGGGUUGACAGUUUUGAUAGACGUGUGACAUGUGAAUAGCGGAAGUCUCUUGUCUUUUUCGGUUUGUUCUAACAAAAUUAAGUCGGGGAGAUUUAACGAGAUUUUGUGGGCGUUUUUAAUAAAACAAUUAUUCCACUAGCGCUUGCUGGAUAUGAGAUGAUUAUAGCCAAAGAGGCGCGUAACGCCGAGUUGGCUAUUUACCAUCUCAUAUCUAACGCGCCCUCGUGGAAUAAUUGUUAAAUACUAGGAGUAAUCGGAGCUUAGAAGAGUGCGUUUGAUAUGUUUGUAAGGCGUACAGGUAGGGUGGAUGGUUAUUGCGAUAGAUUAUAAGCGAAAAACCCAGUUUCCAUAUGAUCGCUACGAUCGCUGCGAUCGCUGAGAAAAAAAAGUUCAGCGAUCAUAUGGAAACCACUCUCCAGCGAUCGCAGCGACAACGAUCGCUGAGAUAGAACUUUUUAUAUCUCAGCGAUUGUUGUCGCUGCGAUCGUUGGAGAAUGGUUUCAUAUGAUCGCUAUGAUCCUGAAUUUUUUUUCUCAGGAUCGCAGCGAUCACAGCGAUGGUAGCGAUCAUAUGGAAACCGGGCUUUAAUUUGAUCAUGGCAUAUUUUAAACGUAAGGAUUGCUUAAAGCAUAGUUAGUAGAGGGGACUGGUUAUGAAAGUCGGCGAGCUUCAAAGAGCGAUGUCUGUUAUGAUUUUUGCAUUGUCACGUGAUCGCGAAAGUGCACACAAAAUCAUCGAUCGAGUACUCUCGUUGUUAUUAGUGCGCUAUUCGUUAGUUUUCUCCGGGUGUUUAAGCACUGUAUACUUAGAGAAUAAAAUCAGCUACCUUGGUUGCGAGCAGUGUUGCAGCAUUGCGAGACAGUCCUUUGAAAAACGUUGGAGACUUCAAUGGUACUUGAGCAUAAUAGUUGCCAUAGAAUUUCUCAGCAUUCCCAUUUUUUGAAUAGCCUUCAAAUAAUGCCUUCAUUACAGAGAAUUCUUGUGUUCCUUCUUCAAGCACUGCAUACUCAUACUGUUUUAACUCCUCCCUUAGUUCUUCUGCAAACACUUCCCUUUGAUAAAUGUUCUUUAAAGCAUUGCGUACAAUCUCAGCUAGAAUGCUUGGAGUCAAAGUCAAACGAUGCUCGUUCGGAUUUGGACUGUGUUUUGCAGCUCGGUGCCUUUGAUAUCCUCCUCUCGUUUUAUACUUUUUCCCACAGUCGCUGCACACGAUCUCGCUUGAUUGGACCUACGAAAAAAAUAGUUCUAUCAUAUUACUGUCUGCCUCUACUAAAUAUGAUCAAAUGUUAAGAUUCUUGCCGUCUUUCGAAGGCAUUUGUGUCGUGUCGAGUUUGUUGUCAGGUUGCAAUCGCAUUCUCUGUAAACGCUUCUCAACAAAGCAAACCCCAGGCAAUUUUUAGCAUCUAAGGCACUUCUGCCAAAUAAACUAAAUAUAGUUUUAUAAAUUUUCUAGAAUAUAGCUUGGGAAUUAUCAUCUGAAAACGUCGGGAAAUUCUUUGUUUACUGUUGUUUGCUCGCGUGACAGUACAGUCGCGUGUGGCUCCGUAAAUCCCUUCGAAUAGACCAAGCACGUGUAAAUUUUUACAUAUUUUGCACUUACUUCACUGGCAGCAGUUGAAAAUUGUUCCUGUAGCACCUCAUCUUCAUCAAGGAUGUCUAAAAUCGCCUCAAAAUCAUCGCCAAACAAAAAAAGAUCGUCUCCACGAUCCGCCAUCGUUGAAAGUUUGUUUGGGUUUGUGCACCGUCGCGGUCACGUGACAAGUACUUUCAACAUCAGCGACGGCUCUUUUGUCUCGCUCUUUGAAGCUCGCCGACUUUCAUAACCAGUCCCCUCUACUAACUAUGCUUAAAGCGAAACCUCUGUUUAAACUGUGUAUCAUCAUGAAAAAGCCUUGAAGGCUGGUGAUAUCGUAUGUUCCGUCUCAAUAAGUGCAGUAGUUUGGUCGAGUGUGUUGAUUUCAGUGACUUGAGUGGAGCUACUGUGGGCUAUUUAUAAGUUUUUUCGAAUAAAUAACAUAGACCUAAAAUGUUCGUUUGUCCUGUGCCGAAAAUAUCACAAGUCAUGAUGAAACGGCGCCGCCGAGCUUCACAUCUCGGUAGAUUUACUUUGUGGCACAACGGCCGCCGAGCUACACAACUCGGUAGAUUUACUUUGUGGCACAACGGCCGCCGAAACUUUUUAAAGAUGAACGUUUUCAAAGAUUCAGCUAAGACAGAUCGAUAGUAGACCUUCAGCAUACUCUUGAAGUAUGUACGCUAUACGAAGAUUCAGCAAACUUUUAAAAGAUGGACGCUUUACGAAGACAGAAUAAAAGAACUCGGCAAACGCUUGAGGACGCACUAAUCACCACGUGAGUUAGUUCGUUAAAGUGAGGCAAAACGUAAGCAAGCGCCUCAAAGUGAGGCAAAUGUGUGUCGACGACGACGACAAAUGCAACCUCGAAAAAACCUCCCUUAUUAAUUGCAGAGGGAACCCAAUAAUGCACAGAACACCCAACACAAAUUAGGGGUUGCGUUCUCGUACCUCAAACGCAAUUACUGAUUUGCAAGUGACGUCACGGCGGCCAUGUUGGUGAUCAAGAACAAAAACAUUUCUCUCCUCUGGGAACUAAACUCUAUUUUCAUGUAAAUUCCUCCAAAAGAAAAUUAUAUUGUUUGACUCCCAAAAUGGCCGCCUUGUCAAGUGGUUGCAAACCAAAAAUUAGUUCAUAGGUAUAGAGACCAUACUAUAGUUUUGAAUACAGCCCAAAGAGGGAACUAAAGGAGGAACGGUUGUUGAUUUUCCUGCAAUUUCAAAAUCUAAGCUCUCAUAGACUGGGUAUAGCUUUCUGCUCUGGUAACAACUUUCUCAACAAACCCGAGCGGGAACGCUUGUUAGAUGUUGUUACGCAGGCUAAAGCUUUCGGGGAUUCAUUAUGAGAGGUUUUCUUUUAUGCUGACGGGGCUAAUAUGCCAGAAGCUUCAAAAUCCCAUGGUACUUUGAAUUCCUUGAAACCUUCGUAAAAAGUAAUUUUUUUUGCCUUAGAUAUCGACGAAUGUUCUUCAGGUCACCAGUGUGACAGAAGUGCGACAUGUUAUAAUACUGAUGGAUCCUACACGUGCACAUGUAACAGCGGCUUCACGGGGGAUGGGCGAACCUGUCGAGGUACAAGCCUUUGAACAAAUACUGAACACUAUAAACGACAGCUCUGUAAAGCUUUUUGAUAAAUUAGGUUGGCUGCCAAUAGGUGACAUCAUAGGUAUAAAGAAACUUCUCAUUCUACACAAAGUAAAUCAAGAUCAUUGUCCUGAUUAUUGCACGUCCUAUUUCAAACAUGUCCGUUCUUCACAUGCUUAUAGUACUAGAUCCGCCACCAAUUACAACGUUCUGCCACCUCUCUGUUAAAAAAAAAAAAAAACUAAAGACUUAGCAUAGGAACUUCGCUAGUGCUUGUCGUUUAUAGAAUUAGUUAGGUCACGCGUAUAUAGAGAUAUAGUUUCCCACGCAAUGUUCGGAAAAGUUUACCAAUUAAGACAACGCCUCGUUAGCACAUUUUAAGGUUUGCAGAUCAUUUUCAGACAUUUAUAGAAGUUGUAGACUUUUUAUUUAUUUGAUAUUUUUUCAUAAAUAAUUCCUGUUGUGUGGCGGGCCAUUAUAAAAACUGCCCGGUAAACGGUAAUGUUUCUAUCCUCGCUGUUCUUCUUGUUCUACUUGCUCUUCUUCUACUGAUGUCGUUUAAGUAACAAAAACCAACUGCGGUGAUAACCAUAAGGAAAUUUAAACGGAAGAAAAAAAGGCUUUAACUUGGCGUUUCGUAUGUUCCAAACCUACAUCUUCGGCGGCGGCCCGUACGCCCUCCUUAUUUUUAGGCUUAACGGAAGCCCGAAGGGUUGUCAUGAGUAAAAUCAUUUUCUCGGCCGAGCCCUCUGAUCUGAAUUCGCCACUACUUACAUGCACAGAAUUGAAUCCCAUCUCUUCUCAAUGGUCUACUACUGUUCUUGUUAGGUCUCGAAAAUUUCACUCCUAUGACUAUGAUAUUCGUUGACAAAAAAGAAGGUCCAGCUUAAAACAAAUAAAAGUCUUCUUAUCUUCCAGAUGUUGAUGAAUGCUCGCUCAACGCCCAUGACUGUGACUCCAAUGCAAUCUGCACUAACACAGAAGGGUCAUUUACUUGCAAGUGCGACGUGAAUGCGAAUUACAUUGGUGACGGGAAAACAUGCACUCCUCAUCGUAAGCCGAAUUAUAUGCUUUACUUCAGUUUCUUCUAUUCGUUUUACCACUCUGACAAUUGUUAACUUCUAUUUUGUGGAAAAAGCUGUCCACCAAUAUUUAUGUCACCAAAUAACAACCCCUCUCUCCCUGUCAAUCAUCUUGAUUAUGGUCUUGUCCAAGAAUAUACUCUUAAUGAAAUUUCAAAUACACCGAAAGCGAGAUUUGCUUGUUUUUUUUUUGGUUGCUUCUGACUUUCUUGGGUACUUUAAUUUUGAGUCUAUUUUAGGCUAACCCCGCCGAUAUUUUUAAUUAGUCAACUGUUUUUUGUAGGUAUAGCAAAUGCUGGAGUCGUUGUCUGUUUCCGAAAUACAGCAUCUUUUAAAAGGAUGAAUUUAUGAUUUACUUUCUUUUUACCAGGUGGUCUCAAAGACUCCGUUAUUUUAGCGAAUGAUGCCAGCAAGAUAAGGCAGUUAAAUACUUGGCUUCUUCCGCACUUGCAAAGUCCAGACAGAAGUUAUUGGCAACUGUGUUAUAGAGCCUCUAAUCAUGGCUGGAGCUCAGAGACCUUUCACAGAAAUUGCGAUAACAAAGGACCCACUGUAACAAUUGUUAGGGUCGGAAUCUAUAUUUUUGGAGGCUACAGCGACAAGUCAUGGAAGUGUAAGUGUGUGAAAUAGCUAAGAUACGACUCGGAAGGUAUCGACUAGUUGAACUGAAUUAAAACCGGCGGUUAUUAACCCCAAAUGUCAAAGGAAGGAGAGAUGGGGCCUUCAAAAUUUUCGCAAGUAGUUCAAAACAACUCUAGUCUUAAGUAGAUUGUUAUUAAUCACUAGCAAUACUGCUAGUUGGAGAGGAUUGUGUGGUAAGAGUUUAAUCAAAUACUCGCAACCUGACAAUCUUAUCCAGUUUUAUAACAUUGCUGAAGCAUGAACUGCAUUCUAAACAUUAGCCAUAGGUAUUAUUGACAAAAACUUUCUGACAACCAGUGGUUUUGAUUGGCACAAUCUGGCACAUUUUCCUUGCAUUAUCGGUAAUGACAACUGUUUUAGCCACUGGCUUCUCCUCGUACAACGGCUUGGCCGUGCGUUUUCCUGUAUGAUCGGGGAUUAGACGUAUCCAGAUCUAGAAAUAUAAAUGUUUGUUCUGCUUAAAACGCUCCAAACAUGCCAACAAAAAAACUGUGUUGAGCCCUCGGGCUGCUUUAUUUAUAAUUUAGUUUUCAUCUAUUUAUUUCUUUUUUUGUAACAAACGCGUUUGAGGCCGCGGGGGUAUGGGGCUUAGUGGAGAAGGUCGGGCUUAGUACUGCUGUACUGCAACUGGUUCUACCAGGUCAUUUUCUUGAAAUCUGAUAGGGGUGGACCGCCGUUUCUUUUAAAUUUUCUAAUGGAAAAGCCCUGGGGACGAAGUUGGUGGCAACUUGUGAUGCUCCAAUUCAUGAGGAUUUGAGCGUGGUUUAUGUGAUAUUUCACGCAUUGUAUACUACUUCCCUGCUCUCAGUAUUUACUAACCUACCACCGUUUCCUAAAAAUACACCAUUUUACAGCUGUGGGCUUAGUAUCCUAGACUUCGAUUGAGUGCAAGACUGAGGUUGACCAUGAUAGAUAGAUAGUUAGAUAGUUUUUUACCAAUACUUUGCUGCCCAAAUGCUGAAUUGUGUAUUUACAAAUGAUGCAAUUGAUAAAAUGUGUACAUAAAACUAAUUACAGUAAAUAAAAAAGUGUGAAAAUUGUGAUAAAAAGUCUAAAAAUCUACGUACAGGAUCUAAUAAUAAAACUAUUCCUAAAACGAUCUGUCUCGCAAUUAGGUACAAUGAAGUGCCUGUUGCACCUUAGAGCAUAACAAUGUUUUGAUACAAACCUCCUUUGUUUUCUUAUGGAAAUUAUACUUAAAAAGUACUAGUUGGAAUAAAAAACACGAUAUACAUAUUAAGAAAGCAGAAAUGGUUGUAUCAAAGCAAGGUCCACUCCAGCCUCGUUUCCAUCCAUAAUUGUAAAAUGGUCUAUUGAACUCGACUGAGUUACACUGAAUCUCUAAUUGUUUGUGUUCUGUUUUUUCUCUCUUCAGGGUCUGCUGGUUAUCAAUAUUCGACAAAUACUUUCUUGUACUCACUGAAAAACUACAAAGGGUAUGGAUACUUCAAACAGGACAUAACCAACGGCUACUAUCAAUACGCCACUUACAGCAAGUCUUAUUAUGGUCCAACCUUUGGUGGGGGCUUUGAUAUGAAUAUUGCGAACAAUGCGGGAGGAAAUACCAAUUCUCAGUUUAAUUGUCACUCGUUCCGCAGCGGUCCCUAUUGCGACUAUAGGCCGAGGACCUGGGUUGGAACACGAUACGGGAAUAAUUUCCGCCCAGAUGAGUUGGAGGUUUAUUAUGAAGUGCUUGCUUGA